UGCAGCUUUGAACUCAAACGAGAAAUGAGUAUCAACGUUGCUGUUAUUAUCCUGUUCACCCUUUUCCAUCUGGUUGACAUACAAGCUGCACCAUCCUCUUCAAGACCAAAAAAUAUCUCGUUUGAUGUUUUUGAUCAAAAAACGGAUACAAGUUCCUUAAAGUUUCAAGGGGAUUCAACAAUUGUUUCCGGAGCCCUUCAGAUAACCCCAGACACCAUCUCCAAUCCUGACCUGCUCAUUAACAAGUUUGGCCGAGUUUUCUAUUCAGAGCCCUUCAAGCUUUGGUCAUCAUCUGAUGACAACGUCCAUGCCUCCUUCAACUCAAGUUUCCUCAUAAACUUGCACAGACAACCCAACUGGAAUGCCGGUGAAGGUCUUGCCUUUCUCAUAGCCCCGGAUAUCUCGAUUCCUGCAGCAAGUUUCGGGCAAUGGCUUGGCCUCACCAAUGCUUCAACCAAUGGAAACCAGAGUAACCGGAUUGUGGCUAUAGAAUUUGAUACAGAAAAGCAAGACGACUACGAUCCUGAUGACAACCAUAUUGGCCUGAACAUCAACUCUGUUAUAUCAAACAAGACUGUCUCUCUGGGUGUUCACAAUAUCACAUUGUCUCCCCAAGGAAGCACCAAUCACUCUGUUUGGGUCCAGUACAAUGGCAGCUCCAAGCUAAUGGAGGUUUACAUGGGGAAACAAGGUGAACCAAAGCCUGACAAGCCUCUUCUCAGUGAGACCAUAAACCUGAAAGACUAUGUGAAUCAACAAUCUUACUUUGGGUUUGCUGCUUCAACAGGGAAUAAUACUGAGAUUGAGUUGCAUUGUGUCUUGAAAUGGAGCUUAGAGGUUGAUGAUCUAAAGGAGGAAAGUGAUUCGAUUUCGUUGAAGAUAGGUCUUGGUGUAGGAGUCCCUGCAGGUGUGAUAUUGUUGGUCCUAUUUGGUGUUCUAUAUGUGAAGAAACGAAGAAGAAAAGGAAGAAGUGAUGAGGAGUCUAACGUUUUUGAUAAGAGCUUGAGUUGGUUGCCUGAGAUGCCCAAGGAAUUCAAGUAUAAGGAAAUAAAGAAGGCUACCAACAACUUCCAUGAGAGUAUGAGGUUGGGUGAAGGUGGGUUUGGGAUUGUUUACAAAGGAAUUCUGAAUAUCAAGGAUGAUAAUACUGCUACUGAAAUAGCUGUAAAGCAAUUCUCCAGAGACAGAAUCAAAGGCAAAGAUGAUUUCUUGGCUGAGCUCACCAUUAUUUAUCGCCUUCGACAUAAACAUCUUAGUCUUUGUGAAGGGUGGUGCUAUGACAAGGGGAAGCUACUAUUAUUGUACGACUUCAUGCCAAAUGGUAGUCUUGACAAACACCUAUAUGAGGCUUCCAACCACAACACUUUGAAUUGGGAACGUCGAUACAAGAUACUAGCCGAUGUAGCAUCGGCAUUGCGUUAUUUGCACAAUGAGUAUGACCAGAAGGUUGUGCACCGUGAUCUCAAAGCCAGCAACAUCUUGCUCGACUCUGACUACAAUGCUCGCCUGAGCGACUUCGGCCUUGCUCGAGCCAUAGAUGAUGGAAGGAGCUCCUAUGCCGAACUAGGAUUAGCUGGAGUCCCCGGCACGAGGGGCUAUGUUGCUCCAGAGUGCUUCCACACAGGGAGGGCUACACCGGAAUCUGAUGUUUUCGGUUUUGGUGCAGUAAUGCUCGAGGUAGUGUGUGGGAGAAGUCCGGUGACUGGGAUCGAUCACCAUCAACAUUUGUAUUCCUUGGUUGAUUGGGUUUGGAUGUUGUAUCGUGAAGGCAAGAUUCAAGAAGCUGUAGAUGAGAGGCUCGGCAAUGAGUAUGUGGUUGAUGAAGCAGAGAGGCUUUUACUUUUGGGACUCGCAUGUUCACAUCCCAUUGCCAGCGAGAGGCCUCAAGCACAGGCUAUAUGCCAGAUUAUAGGUGGAACUAUGUCGGCUCCUCAUGUGCCCCCAUUCAAACCUACCUUCACAUGGCCUUUGAUGGAUGCUCCCAGCAGCAGUACCACUCAGAGUACAGUUAAUUCUGCUGCAACAUUGUCUUCCAAAGGCUUUUCUGCAACCAACAUGGGCGACGAGUAACGUUAUUGCUGAAGUCACUUGUCUUUUGCAUUAAAGUGUGAGGCUUUUUAAAAGAUAGCCAUUUGUUCUGCUUAGUAAGUUUGUGAAUAUAGCACUAAUGUCUCCUCAAUUCUCUACAAAUUCAAACUCAGCAGCCUUAUUACCUGGAUGUUCUUGUGAGAUUUUUAAGCAUCCAGUUUUGAUUGUUGUUGACUUUUAAUAUGAAG